AUGAUCAAUAUUUGGAUUCUAUCAAUAGUAAGCAGAGCAUUUUGUUGCCUGUUUGUUCCGGCAGGCUCUGCUCCUCUGAGAUCGUACCCUCUCCUGUCUGUGAUCACACACCAGCCGCCCAGCAGCCUCCCGCAGAUCUCUCAGCCGUGCAGAUUGGACCUGGCUCAGUCUCUGGGACUCACACAGCUCCAGGUGAAGACAUGGUACCAGAACAGACGCAUGAAAUGGAAAAAAAUGGUGCUAAAAGGAGGACUCGAGGCUCCUACCAAGCCCAAAGGCCGACCUAAGAAGAACUCCAUCCCAACCACAGAGGAGAUCGAGGCCCAGGAACGGCUGGCGGCCAAACUAGCGGAGGAUGAGAUGCAACCAGCCGAAGUGGAAGAGGAGGUCUUCCAAUUUCAACCUCAAGAUCUCAGUACGUCUGCUACGUCUGAAUCCGUCUGUCCAGAAACCCCGGAGCAAGAACAGGCCCCUCCGUCUCCGUCAGAAGCAAUGACGACUAGCUAAACGCAGCCAUGCUGACGCACAACCAAAGACAGCUACUGAAAGACUUUGACUCUCUCUGGACUUGAGCAGUUGAACGGCUUCCCAAGCCUGAUUUUGAGUUGACGGUGGCCCCCAAAAGCGGUACUUUAAACAUGCAAAAAUGUGUGAAAGUCAUUACAAAACAACGAAACAUCAAACCAAGUGGCUUGUAUAACCAAAACAGAUAGAAUAAGCACACUUCUCGAUAAAACAUUUCACUGAAAUAAGCUUUUUUAGGUAUUAAAUGCUAAAACAACUGGACACUGUAUUUGGACGCGUUCUGGUUGUCAGACUGUGGAUCACGUUCAUACCUAGCUAAC